AUGGUCUUGGCUGAAUUGGGCUCACGCAUUACCAAUGCGCUCCGAAAUAUCAAUACUCAGGUCAUUGAUGAUAAUGUCAUCAACGAAUUGCUGAAGGAAAUUGGUAAUUCUUUGAUGGCUGCGGAUGUAAAUAUACAACAAGUGAUUCAAUUACGUAACGGCAUAAAAAGCGGAUUGGAUUUUGAUAAAUUACCAAAAGGUAUCAAUAGACGAAAUCAUAUCAAGGCAGUCGUGUAUCAAGAAUUGUGUAAAUUACUUGAUCCCGGAGUGAAACCUUUUCAACCGGUGAAAGGAAAGCAGAAUGUGGUCAUGUUUGUCGGUUUGCAGGGUGCUGGUAAAACAACGACAUGUACAAAAUUUGCUAGAUAUUAUCAAAAGAAGGGCUUCCGUGCUGCUCUGGUUUGUGCCGAUACAUUCCGUGCGGGUGCUCUCGCUCAAUUGAAACAAAACGCAGCCAAAGUCCAAAUAGCCUUCUAUGGUGAUGAAAUUGAAUCAAAUCCUGUCAAAAUUGCAAAAGAUGGUGUGGAACAAUUCAAGAAUGAAAAGUAUGAAUUAAUUAUCGUGGAUACAUCUGGUAGACACAAACAAGAAGAGUCUCUUUUUGAAGAAAUGGAACAAGUUGCAGAAGCUGUUAAACCUGAUGAAGUCAUAUUCGUCAUGGACAGUAGUAUUGGUCAAAGUGUGAAGGAACAAGCUGCUGCUUUCAAGUCUCGAGUUGCUGUCGGAAGUGUCAUUGUUACCAAAUUAGAUGGUCAUGCUAAGGGAGGUGGUGCUCUCAGUGCUGUGGCUGCCACAAAAUCUCCAAUUACUUUUAUUGGUACAGGUGAAGAGUUUGACGAUUUCCAACCUUUUGAAGCUCAAAGUUUUGUUUCUCGAUUGUUAGGUCAUGGUGACAUUCCAACACUGUUAAAAACAGUGCAAGAGGCUGUUGACCCAGAAAAGCAACGAAAAAUGGCUGAAGGCAUUGCGAAAGGUAUUUAUACCAUGAGAGACAUGAGAGAACAUUUUACAUCCAUCAUGAAGAUGGGCCCUCUGUCACAAGUCAUGUCAAUGAUUCCAGGCUUCAGUGAACAACUAUUACCAAAAGGAUCAGAGCAAGAAGGAAAUGCAAGAUUGAAGAAAUAUUUGACGAUUAUGGACUCUUUCAACGAUGAAGAAAUGGAUUGUACUGAUAUCACAAAAUUACCAAAUAUGCCAUCGAGAAUAAUGCGUAUUGCAAGAGGAAGUGGUAAAACACCCAAAGAUGUUCAAGAAUUAUUGGAGCAAUUUAAACUCUUCCAAAGUAUGAUUGGAAAAUUAGGUUCCUUAAAUCUGAACAAUAUCAAGUCACAAAAAGAUAUUGAGAGUCUUCAAAAGAAACUUCCAGGCGUCAUGAAGGGUAUGCCAGGAAUGGGCAAUAUGGACAUGAAUGCAAUGAUGAAACAAAUGGCAAAAGGUGGUAUGCCCAAUCUUGGUGGAAUGAACUUGAACAACUUGAUGAGUGGUUUAGGAAAUAUGCUUGGAGGCGGUGGAGGGGGCAUGGAUCUCUCGAGCAUGUUAGGAAGUUUUGGCAUGGGAGGAGGGGGCGCCUCAGGUGGUACUCCACAAGUGAAAACGAAAACAAUAACGAAAAAGAGAUGA